UCUUAUAGCGCUACCGAAGAAGAGUGGUUUGGGAAAUGUGCAUUAGGUCUUCAUGCUGCAGCUGGUAAUGAGGGAAUAAGUGUGUUUUUUAGCCAUGCCUAUGAAAGGACGGUUCCCCAUUCGGAGAACCUUGGAGUACCUUCAAAAAGGAGAUGUUGUCUUUAAGAAUUUUGUAAAAAUCAUGACGGUUAAUUAUAACACGCACGGAGAGCUGAGUGAGGGGGCAAGGAAGUUCGUGUUUUUUAAAAUCCCUCAAAUUCAAUACAAAAAUCCAUGGGUCCAAAUCUUGAUGUUCAAGAAUAUGACGCCAUCGCCGUUCCUAAAGUUUUACCUUGAUGAUGGGGAGCAAGUUUUGGUGGAUGUAGAGGGAAAAAAUCACAAUGAAAUAACCCAGCACAUCAAUAAGAUCGUUGGCAAGACACAAGAGGUCCUGCAGGCAGAGGCUCUGGCUGCCAUGGUGACGUCGAACCCAGCCAACUUUGGGCACAGAAAGUACUGCCUGAGGGAGUGUCUGUGCGAGGUGGAGGGGCAGGUGCCAUGUCCCGGCAUAGUGCCUCUGCCCAAGGAGAUGACGGGCAAGUACCGAAACCAGAUGAAGGCGGGCCAGGAAUGACGUUGGUACAGCAAGUCCCUUGUAGAUAUUGAACUCUGGUGGAAUACGUUUUGUUUAUGCACAAUAAAAAAAAAUGGACUUGUAAAAAGUUGCAGUAUUUUCGGUCGACAACCAUACCAUCAAUGUGUUCAUAUGUAAAAGUAUUCCCCAUGUUCCAAAGGUUUUAAUCAGACAUUUCAAGUUACAGGUUGAAUUGUCAAAACGCAUGAAAUGGAAAUUCAGUACACACUGAAAUGUUGCACAAACAGGCCACCAACUCAUUAUGUAAAAAAUUACAAGUUUGUUUUUGGGUGAGUUUUAUUACCGCAGAAUGCAACUUCUGAUGAAUGCAAAAAUUAACACAGGUCACAGUCAAGAAAGUUACUUGUUUAUCUAUGUACAAUUAACAGAUUUACGUAAGAAACGUACAGUUCUUGGUUUAUUCAAAAUGCAGUAGUGUGUUUUAGUGGUGCAUUGUGGGUAGUCAACAUAUCCUUUGGUUUAUUAGUAGGAUGUUUAACAAGGUUUUUAACAAGGAUUGCAAACGGUAUAAUACUGCUACUCUGUAUCAAAUUAGUGUUAAAUGUUGAUGAAUAAACCUGAAAAAGUG